GUAUCCUGUUUGUUCAGAUUGACCAACCUUCGCUUCUUCGUUAUAGUCUUUGCAGGUACAUGCUGUUCUUGUCACAGUUGUUUGUGUUUGGAGCAACAAAGCUUUACAAGGUAUAGGUAUAGUUAAUAUAAUUUAAUUGUUUGCACUGCAAGCUUAAAUUUGUUUUGAGUUUAAUCUCUGGUUAUGUGGUUUCAACAAAGCGGUUGCCUCGUGAAUAGAUUUCACUUCAUCUUAGAUCUGUCUCUCAGUGCAUUGAACUUUGUCUUGUUAAGUCUCGGUCGCGGCUGUUUUAUAAAUCGAUUUCACAUAAAUCUUAUCAUUGGUUCGUCUCACAAGAAACAGACAAGACGGCAAAGUCCAAGGUUUUAUUUCACGAAGUUCAUGACUUAUCGGUUAUACACGAGGUAGUGCAUAGUGGAAUAUUUAACGAUUAAUAAAAAAAUUUAGAUUUGGUUUUGUUUUAGAUCAAUCUAUAAAUCAUAAGUAAGAGUAUAGUGAAGAAUAUUAAGCUAUUCUGUGGACUCAAAAACUUAUUAAUGAGAGCCGAAGUUCGGUGGAGAAAAUAUUUGGCUUGUUAACAUUCACUUGGUCGUUUUCUCUUGAGGAGUGCACGCACUGCACUUAUCAGAAUAUUUAUACUCAUCACCAUGCAGAAGGAUUUAUUUAUGAAUUAUGGGAAAGGUUGCCUAGCGCUGCACAUGCUAUUUCAUUGUAUCGGCAUUACCAUGCAGAAGAGUUUAUUUAAGGAAAGUUUGCUUAUAGUACUUUAAAAGACUAUAACAUUUUCUCAUGAACAGGUAGGAAAUGGCGGCUUACCUAAAGCUACCUGCAGCUCACAAACAUACGUUGUACUUCUUGGAAUCAACCAAACUUUCUGCCGCUAAGGGUUUAUCAUGUUGGACAUGUGAUGCGUGCAAAAGAACAUCAAAAGAGAUGCAAUGGACUCAUUCCUACCGAUGCAUGGAUUGUGAUCUUGAUAUUUGUGAGGAAUGUUCAAAACCAAUCAAGACUACUACUCAUCCUCACAGAUUCGUCGUCAGUGAUGCAAAGGCGAUUUAUCCCAAUGGAAAAUGGGGGUGUGAUAACUGUGGCUGUAAUUACAGUAGUCAGGGAUAGUAAGUAUGCUCAGUAAUAACGUAAAUAAUCUUUAAAGCGGAGUUAAACAAUACCUAGAACACUGCAAAGAAACCAGAGUAAAAACUUCACUGUAAAUUUCAAGAGUUGAUCAACUCUAAAAAUGUUACUCUGUCACCAAAAACGGUGACUGGAACUUACAGUGUUGAAUAAAAUAAUUUGCCCACAGUGACCCAAAAAAUUGAGUGAAUUACUCAUAAAUAAUUUGAAUGAGUAAUUAUACUCAAUAUUUUGAGUUACUGUAUAGAAGUUUUUAAGUCAAGAUACUAUAAUCCUGGCCAAAGACUAUCGACCAUGGCAAACUGUGAUGAAUUACUUAUUACGUCCAUGUUGUACAUAAGUGGGACUGCACCAGCCUUAUAAUAUACCUUAUAAAAAAAAUUAGGAAAAGCAAAUACCUUACUGACUCGCUGCCGUUUAGAUUUGAAACUAGUUACCUGCAGGACACACUAUUAAAAACAGGUUUACUUCCUCUGUCUUACUGGCACGAGUACCUGGACAUGGUGUAUCUCUUUAAGGCAAUUAAAUUGAAUGACUCAAGCUUGAGUCGAAAUUUUGCUACUCUUGUGAGCGGCGGGCGUAAUAGAAGCACUCUUCUUAUCGUUUCAGAAAAAAUUCUAAUAAAACUGCAUAUUGCAGGAAUGACAUAAAUGAAAUGCACAUGCAUUAGUACUAUAACCAAAUCUUUCUCCAAUAAUUCGAUCUGUUGAAUGCCUCUAUUUGUUUCAUCUUUAGUUUACCCUGGCAUUGUGAAGAGGGAUGCUUCUUUGACAUUUGUUUUGGUUGUACACGAAGCCACAAGAGUCAUGCACACCCACACCCCUUGAAGAAAGCAAACUCGAAACUGCUGUAUCCCAAAAUGACUUACUGGAGAUGUGAUCGUUGUCAAGCAACAUCCAUGCAUGAUGCCCAGGACAAACCUUACCAUUGCACGAAAUGUACAUUUGAUCUUUGCUUCAAGUGCUUGAAAGGUGACAUUUCCUUACAAACUGCGUAUAGGUCUCCACCAACCUAUAUAGGUUUUGUGAUUGAUUAUAACAAUGCCACGUAAUAAAACUUGAAAAUUCAAAUCUUCUGAAGGCCUGUUUACACUUGUAAUUUUAGCCGCGAUUUCUAGUGCGAUUUUCGUCACUUCUGAUGCAUGUGAGCGAGUAGAUGAGUAAUGAAUGUUCUGAUUAUAUGUAUCCUCAUCUCAACAUUCAUAAAGCAUCCAAUCGAUUACGUCGAGAAGAAGAAAAUCGCGCCUAAAAUCGCAGCAAAAAUUGCAGAAUUAGCGGGGGGGGAAACGAGCUGCAAACGCUGAGCACUUGUUGUAGCACAGCCAUCUAAAAUCUCGUGUUCUGCAUAUGGGAUGCUAUUUACAUCAAAACCUAUAGCGCAUAUAGUUCAUAUUAUAGGUUCAUAUCAUACUUUGGUUGGCUAAAUUCAGUGGAAUUAAAAGGUUGCUAGUCAAGGAAAGUUCAACAGUGACUUUUUUAUAAGUCAAAUACAAUUAGGCUUUUUUAUAAGUCCAAUACUAUUAGCUAUCCUUGAGUCAUUAUUGUUAGAAAUUGCAGACCUAAACGGUCAUUUUUGUGUUGUCGGCACAUUAAGCAUUCAUGUGAGGAAGUGAAAUCAAUACUAGUAUCUUUCCUAUAUGUUGUUGGCAGCAAUGAAAUGUAAAGCAAACGUCAUAAUGAACAUCAUAGAUGAUGAACAUUUCUUAAUCUUAUUUAGAAACGAUCGACGUUGAGCCAGAAACAAAACCUAGUCGUGCCACUGUGACGGCUACAGAUGGUGGAGGUAUAGGACGACAAUUUUGUCUCAGUGUUAUACAUAAUUAGAGGUGUGCAAAUCCGAUCCGAAUCCGAUCGGGUUCGUUCGGAUUUCGGAACCAAAAUAUUCAUUUCGGAUCGGAUUGAUAAAGUUGUUUCGUAGUCUGAUCGGUCGGACUUCGAUAUCCGAAAUAAAAUGAAUUAAUUAUUGACGCAUUAUCGCAAGAAUUAAUUAUCCUAUCGCGGUUGUCACUGUUUGAUACUUCAAUUGGACGUCACUUUGUCAGCUUCUUGACAUGUAUUUCUUGCUUUUAUAUUUAUUUGGUUAAAUAUUUCAACUUGAAUGACAAAUUUAUUUUAUUGAAGAAUUCAUCGGAUCGGAUUCGGAUUAGACAAUUUCGGAUCGGAUUUUAAACAUUAGCCAAUUGUCGGAUUAUAAACGUCCAAUCCGAUCCGAUGCACACCUCUAUAUACUACAUACUUGUCAUACUGACAGUGCUGUGCGCUAGCUUGAUCAGGGGAUUCUAUUUUGAAUUUAACCCGUUGAAUUGGAAUUAUGUCCAAUUAGUAAAGGCACCUGUUGUCGGAUGGUGUCACGUUGUCAGUCGGAUUAUCGUAACAGCCAGUUAAAUCCUAGGUUAACGAAACAAUUCACAGCAACCUUGUCAACAGCGUAUUCAUAGGGAUAGAGAUGUUUUUUUCAGAAAUCUUGUCUGGCAAUAGAAGCUUUACUUUUUUUAACUUUAACGUUUUGAAAGAAACCGGAAAUUUUCAGAUGUACCCAAACCAAAACAGCGCGUUAAAUGUUAAUAACUUAUAAGGUUAUAUAGUGCUAAUCAAGCUUUGAACAGCCAUACGCGGUAGUACAAGACGCCCUACAGACACGGUCGGUAAGACAGUGAAGAUGGUGUAAGAUUGUCAGUUCGUGAGGUAGUUCAUGACCUACUGUGUUUUAAAAGUUGUCAAGUUGUCACUAAACACAGGUUUUAACAAGUCCGUCCGUUCCUCUAUAUUUAUGUACUAUCUUUUGAUAUGAAUAAUAAAGACAAAGAUUUCAAAUUUUCAAGAGAUUUUUUAACCCAGCAGCUUGGAAAUACCUAUUGCUUACCUCUCGUAUUAACAUUAUAAUGCAAGUAUCAAAACAACAUCCACUUAUUCAAUACUUGUGCAGGUUUUGUGGCAGAUGUCUCGACAGAACCGGCAGCUCAAGUAUUUAUUUCCUACAACUGGAACAUACAGGAUAAAGUUUUGGAAUUAAAGAGAAAUCUUGAAUCAAUGAAUAUCAGAUGUUGGAUGGAUACUGGCAAUAUGGUGGGAGGUGAUGAUUUGAAGAAAGAAAUUGAUAAAGGGAUGAGAGGUGCUAAGGUAAGAAUAUUGUUACACUCAUUUCGAAGGCAUUAUAAUAUGACAUAUAUGCAUUCUAUUUUUGGCAGAGAAAAGCAGGGAAUAGAUAGGGUGGAAAAUUUAACUUGAAAUUAUGGCAAUCCGGGAUUGGCUACUGUCAGUGGCGGAAAUCUGGGGGGGGGGCGGCGGGGGGCCGGACCUCCCUUAACAGAAAAUUAACGAAUUUUCGGAAAUUUUGACCUAAAAGAGGGCUAAAAACAGUCUUUUCGAAUGCAAAUGGGGGGAGGGAUCGUCGGAAAUUUGAAAGUUUUGUCGGAAAUUUAGGAGACUUUGCCCCCCCCCCACUCCACUGGAAAAAGUGAAUUUCCGCCACGUACCUGGCUACUGUUUGCCAACCUCGGAAUCAAUAAAGCAGUCAUUUUUGAAUCAAUAAACAGGCAGUCAUUUUGUCCAUAACAAAGUUUCGCAAUAUUGUCCAAGAUCUAGUCUAGAUAUAACGUAGAUUAGUAGAUUACUCUCUACCUAUGCUCUCUACACUCUGUUUCAUCAAACAGCUUUAACAAUCUCAAAGCAAAUCGCAUGGAAACGGCAGUUCAAAUCAAACAAAGUCGAUAAAAAGUUGAUUACCUUGAACACGAAUUGGCCGCUCAGAGAAAUACCCGACCUGUAUAUAAAUAUGCUGUUUGAAACUUUAGAAAAUCACCGCUUUAUUGAUGACGAGGUCGGCAAACAGUAGCCUAGAUCAUGGGUUGCCAUAAUUUAUUUACAGUCGAAUGUUUCCACCUAUGGAUCCACCUAUUGAUUCUCAUUCCGACAUGCAAAUUAACACACACAGGCGGUGCAUGGCCAUUUUGUUGCUAAUUUCUGGUAAGCGGUAAUGUAUACUUGCGAUUGAGUAUUGUCAACCAUUACCAAGUGAUUAAUUAAUUAAUUCAAAUGUAUUAAUUAUACAGCUUCAGAUGCUUCAUAAAUGUCAAAUGUGAUUGUUGUUGUUUAAAAUAUCUGUACGACGUUUUAAAGCCUUUUGAAUGAUGGUUUUUAAGGAAUAUCAAUUAAGCAUAAUUCAAGGUCAGUGGUUUCAAUGUUUUGAACAUUUUUCAUCAUUUUUAAUGUCAAAAACACUGAGUUUACUGAUCUAAAAUUUAAAGAUUUAAAAAAAGUUUACUGACCUUGAAUCAUGCUUACUGAUUGAUUUUUCUAGUUAGUUUUUUCAAUUGACCAUUUGCGUAAUAGACUAACUUUUGAUCUCAACAAAAAUUUCAUUACAGUUUGAAAGAGCAUCACAAAAUUAGUAAUAUUCCAAAGUUUCGUUUGCAAAAUGUUGUAAAAUGCGGAAAAUAUAGCCUUGCGAAAUUUGCAAUUCUCAGUCAUUUUAGAUUACAAACCGGAAAUUGACAGCCUCGAAGGGUUUGGGGCUGUCAAUUUCCUACCCUGGUUCCAGAGGUUUAUUUUUAUUAUUUUCAUUGCGAAGGGGAGAGGAAAAAUAAACCUCUGGUUGAAAGCGGCAAUUGAUUCAUCGAGCCGCGCCAAUCAGUUUGAAUUAGGGUCAGAUCCUGACUCUGUCUCCUGAUUGGGUGAUUGUAUUAAAGCUCUCUGAUUGAUUCAAAUAAAACAUCUAUAACCAAUCAGAGAGCUUUAAUGCAAUCAUCCAAUCAGGAGACAGAGUCAGGAUCUGACCCUAAUUCAAACUGAUUGGCGCGGCUCGAUGAAUCAAUUGCCGCUUUCAACCAGAGGUUUAUUUUAAACCUCUGGAACCAGGGUAUCAAUUUCCCGUCUGUAAUCUAAAAUGACUGAAAAUUGCAAAUUUCGCAAGGCUAUAUUUUCCGCAUUUUACAACAUUUUGUCUAGACUUGUUUAGUUCAAAAUUUAGUCUAUUACGCAAAUGGUCAAUUAAAAGGGUUGCAAUGCGCCUUAAAAACCAUCAUUCAACACGCUGAACUGUGCCUCUUAAGUAAAGGUUUCCCCAUACGGAUAAUGGCGCAAUAAUAUUGUCAAGUAAUUUUACCCAUUCAAAACUGCCUUCAUUUUCUUCACUGAAUGAGCAAUGCAUGGGUUGCGUUAUCCAGUGACCUUUUUGAGGUCAGUUGUUGCUUUUCUAACGUACCUUGCAAAGCAGACGUUUUAUUUGAAACGCACGGGCGUGGUUUUCAGAAGUUUAUUCCAUUUAGCUCUCUUUAGAAAUAGCACACUCUAAAAGGGAUGUUUAUUCCAUUUAGCUCUCUUUAGAAAUAGCACACUCUAAAAGGGAUGGACAAGAGGGAGGUUUUCAAGAAGUUCAAAAGUUUAACUCCGAGUUCGCUUUACUUUAGGGUUGCUAGGGUUGAUGUCAGGGUUAGGAUUGUGAUUAAGUUUAGGGGAAGGUUUUGAGUAACUAGAGUAAGGUAAUUAGGAUUGUUGUAAGUGCCUGAUCGUUUAUCCGCGUUUUAACGAUCUUGAAAAAUAUAGCCGCCAUCGAAUUGAAAAUCAAUUUCUCGUCCAUCCCCUUUAGCCAGGACUGUGACUCAAAUCGCGUGAAUCAGAUAUGUUGAGGAUAAAUUUCUUCAAGGAAUAUAUAUUUAUAUAUUCAGAUCUAGAUUGUAAUAUCCUUUCAGAUUGUAAUAUCAUGUGUGACAAAAGCAUACAGCGAAUCAAAUGCUUGCCAACAAGAAGUUGCCUUGGCGGAUGUAUUGAAGAAACCAAUUCUACCAGUUUUAUUUGAAUCACUCAAGUGGCCUCCAGAAGGACCAAUGGCGAUGCCCUUCGCGCCUUUAAUUUAUGUUAGUUUGGAAGAUGGCUUGACAAGAGAAAACCUGGAUAAAGUCGUUAAAACCAUCAAGUCGAGAACAGGAACGAAGGGCUAGAGAUCUAGAGGGUCUUUAGAUACUUAGAGUUUAAUAUAAUUUCCAACAUUAGCAAUAUUAAUAUAUUUAUUUAAAGGAGUAUUUAGUAUUAUAGAUUGAAUGAAAAAGAGCAUAAAAUCAUAUCACAUCACGUUAAGGACGAUAAACAAUGGCUAAUAAAGUUAAUGAACGUUUCAAACCUUAAUUUGCUUGGAAAAUAAUUCAGUUAGAAAACAUUUAUCUUCAAUUGAAUAGAAUAGAUAUUAAUUAUUAUACAUUUAUAAUUCUUUUGUAACAGUGUUACUCGCGAGUUUGAAUUAACACACGCUUCAGGAA